UGAUGGUCACCGGCUUCUCCUUCUGCAUCGGCGUUCAGAUUAUAUCUAUUAUGAGCAGAGGAUUAGAAAAUUCAUGAACCGGAAAUUUUCAGGUUCCAUUUUCUUCCCGACUCAAUUCCCGCUUGGUCGUCUGGAUUAAGCAUAACAAUGGGGGUUGGGGAUUAUAUCCACUCCAAGGAGGCUGGCCAGCUUCGCUCGGCCACUGCCGAUGCACUCAAUAAACAACGGAGAACUUUGGCCGAACAGGCAAGGGUCGAAGUGCCCGCAACGAAAUUGGUUGCACCUGUUCCCCUGGGGCUAAAUGGGAGAGCACCAAUGGACCAGUAUGGCACUGUGGCUUUCUCUGACAUGCCGCAUGCACCACAUGAGAAUUCCAUGCAGAAGAACAUGUUUGACACGGAUGUGGAAGGUGUAGAUGAUUCAACUAUUGCUGGGACAAGUGUGAUGGAUGUCGAAGAAAUUCAACACCAAAUACCGCGUCCAGUUUCGAGCAUUAAGCAUCCGAAUGUUGAGGUUCAGGAUUUUCAGCAGUCACAAGCCCCACAGAACCCCAUAGACACAAGACCUGUGUACCAGUUCCGUAAUACACGUCGGCCAUAUGAAUCGAACUGGUAUGAGAAUCUUGGAGAUAAAGCCGCCAAAACAGCAGGAUUCGAAUCAGAUGAUGCUGAUGCCGAUGCCGACGAUGAUGAAAGUCAGCUCACAUCUCUUGGUGGAGGAGAAGAUGAACGAGCUGAGGCAGCAAGCGACUGGUACUUUUCCCACAAACACCGUCCCACUGAAGAACCUCUGAGCAGACGCUUAGAAAGCUUUUGGUCAGCUAGCAAGAGGAAGUCUAUAAACCCGGGGCGCGUCGAGUCGAAGCCUCCAGCGGGUCCGUCAGUUCCGGAUACCAGGAGACCUGCCUCAAUGCUGCCUGUGAGCGGAGGCAGGAAGAUUACUCUUCCCCGCAGCAUGACUGCGACGCCCAGAACCAGAUUCAGUCCACCAAAGCCCUCUCUUCUUGAGCAGUUGGAUAUAUCACCUACCCAUCGUACUACCGGUCCGCGAGCACUGCCUAAUAAGAAGACAGGCACGACAUCUUUCCCCCCGCCUGAUUAUGGAGACGAUGCAAAUAUAUUUUCCAGCGACAACGAAAGAAGGGACAGCAUACUCACUGCAUUCGACAUGACGAACAUCGACGCCCUUGACGAUGAUGAGACGAUACGAGAUCCUUUCUCCAAGCGUCGCUCUUCUGUCAGACGAAUUACCUCUGACCCUCCCGAAUCGAAGAAGCGACACUUUGAACCGGACUACCCCCCAGAAAUACUAUAUCAAAAAUCGUUCAAGGAUCUACAAGCUGAGCCCUUCGAUCAUGUCCCCGCCGCACCAACGAAACCACCGCCCAAUCCGUCACAAGAGAUAGAUCCAGAAGACAAGGUCUCGCACCUUCUGGAGCUCUCCGAUGAAGACCGCCGUAGCUACCUCUCGAAUUUGUCCAUGGAUGAAUGGGAAGACUGCGGAGAUCAGUUAAUUGACCGGUUCAGCAACUUGCUCACUCAAAUGAAGGACCUACGCCACGCCCGUCGAAAGACUGCUGCUGUAUUCGAGGCUGAAAUCAGAAGGAGACACGAGACUGUUGAAGAGCAAGCAUCCGAUAUUUCAACGAAGCUUGACGCAAUGAGGACAGGGGGCGCUGAAGUCCUGCGGGGUCGUACUCCCUGAAAGCCUCUUUUCUCUGAUAAGGUAUACUACGAAUACCACCUGAACCCCAGUGGUAUAAUGAUACGGGCUGCAGGUGCAGGUUCCGCCAAAACCCUUAAUUCCAUACUUCUCUCUUCCACGUUUCUACAUUAUAUCUUAAUGUACUUUCCAAUUUUCUUCGAGAAAUGUUGUUAUGCUUUGACAUGAAAUUGGGCUUAUGUUGUUGACAUGAUUUGUUUCUGAGGCUUUCAUCAGAAUGUCAUGAUUGUUUCUUUUCGGUGUUUAUUAUCUUUAGCAGCAUCACAUAUACCCCGGUUUAAAUUAUAUCCGUUGCAUGAUUUUGCUAUUUUCAAAGGUAAUCUUUAAAUGAUAAACCA